CAUACACACACACACACACACACACACAGGUCGACAGUGCAGUGUCUGUCCCGGGUCAGCCGGGGCUCGUCGGUGGAGAUCGAGGCAGCGGACAGUGAUGAUGAUUCUCCUGCCUCUCGUUUUUCUCGUCGUCCUCCACCACACCCCUGUUACUCUUCUGCAGUUUUACUAUCACAACAACCAGCAGAUUAAAGAGUACCUGUUUGAAGUCAACACAGCCAACCCUCACAUCACACAUCUGUACAGCAUUGGCCAGUCUGUCAGAGGCCAAGAGUUGUGGGUGUUAGCUUUGGGUGUCAGCCCUGGCCGGCACACCGUCGGAGUCCCAGAGUUCAAAUAUGUGGGGAACAUGCAUGGUAACGAGGUUCUGGGCAGAGUGCUGCUGUUACAUCUCAUAGAGGACUUGGUGGAGGGAUAUCGUAACAAUGAAACAUGGUCUUUGCAGUUACUGAACAGCACUCGAAUCCACAUCAUGCCGACGAUGAAUCCGGAUGGUUUUGACUCGUCAGACACAGACUGCAUGUACAGCCAGGGCAGGUUCAAUCACAAUGGCAUUGACUUGAAUAGAAACUUCCCUGAUGCCUUUGCUGGUCAGGCGUUUGAUGAAGACAAGAGAGAAGCCGAGGUUCAAGCUAUGAUAGGGUGGCUGCAGACUGAGACUUUUGUUCUCUCUGCCAAUCUUCACGGAGGAGCUCUGGUGGCAAGUUAUCCCUAUGACAACAGUAAUGGAGGCAGUGAGUUAAUAAACGGAGCAAGCGUCAGUCCUGAUGAUGAUGUCUUUGUUCACCUUGCUAAGGUGUACUCCUACAACCAUGCCUCAAUGUACAAAGGGAAUCGCUGUACGGAGAGCAGACCCUUCUUGGAUGGCAUCACUAAUGGAUACAAGUGGUACGCUCUCACAGGUGGGAUGCAGGACUAUAAUUAUGUGUGGGCUCAGUGUUUGGAGGUAACUCUGGAAAUAUCCUGCUGCAAGUUUCCUCCUGUCAGUGAACUUCCUGCCAUGUGGACAGACAACAGAAAAGCACUUCUUUCUUAUAUACAGCAGGUCCAUUUGGGGGUCAAAGGCCGUGUAUUUGACAGCAAAGGUGCACCAGUGCAAAAUGCAGUGGUGGAAGUUGUUGGUCGCAGAAACAUUUGUCCUUUUAAGACUAACCAAUAUGGGGAGUACUACAGACUACUGCUUCCUGGAAACUACACUUUUACAGUGACAUACCCAGGGCAUGAGGUGUUGACAGAAACACUGACAGUUCCAUAUGGUCCAGACAACUACUCAGCCUUAAAACAUGAUUUCCUUUUACAUAAAACUACAACAACUCACCAACCCUUUUCUACAACACAAUACCACGUGACGUGUAACACCGACCUGAACGCAGGUGCUGUCAGUGUGAGACGGGAGCGGACAGGGUUGGCUGUGGGACUGGGCCUGGUCAUGGUGGCCUCAUAUGUGGGCAAAUGAAAACUGCUGAUGAAGGAGUCGCGCACUCUUUAAGGUCACACUGCUGGAGUGUGUAGUGUCCAAGAAACAUGAAACCCUCACCAGGACUUUGGAGUUAUAUGAGGAAUGAGUGCUAUAAAUGUUCUUAUAACAUUUGGUGUAUUUUCAGUCUAAAUCAACAAAAUGUUCUUGAAGUUUUGAAAGAGACAGAAAACAUUUUAAGUGAAGUAUAAUGAAAGCAGCCUUAUGUCUGUCGUGAGGUGGCACUACUAUUUAAUACCUCACAGUACUAAAAACGCCUAACUAGAAGCCUUAAAUCAUUACAAAAUGUGUACCAGUCUUAAUGCAGUCCUAACAUGUUUGUAUUUUUAAACUAUAUUUAAAGGCCAUACUUUGAGACAAAUGCAAGAAGUGUUCUAGAAAUAUAUUUAGUAUAUAUUUUAUCAUAGUGUGUGCAUUGACCCAACAUGUUUGUGCCAAAUCAGCAUAUAAAUAUCAGCACCAAACUACAAUGCCAGUACUAGUUUACAUAUUUUACUCAAAUCUAUAUAUUUGAAAUGACAUUUGUGUCAUUAACACAAUAUUCACCUGUCCAAGCACUGCCUGCUGUAGACACCGUUUAAAAGACAACAUGGUAGACUUAAAUAUAGACAAUAGUGUGAAGAAAUGCACAUGAAGUUAGUCAUUGUUUUGAAUGUUUCUUUAAGUGGAAUUGUUCUGUACUGUACGCCAAACUGCAGUAAAUAACUGCCUUG